GGCUUGAGCACUGCUUAUCUCAUACUUUUUUGUACACCAGCACCAGUAAAUAAACCAGCCAAAAUCUGGUGGCAAUAUUUAUUUAAAAAAAAAUAAGCCAGUGACAUCUUUCAUACAGUGAUGUUUGCAUAAGAAAAACAUUUCGAUUUGCCAUAGCCCAAUAUAUCCAGUCUCAAAGAACAAAAAUCAAAUUUCAGAUUCUAAAUUACAGCAAUACCAAUAUCCAAAAAUGAGCGAAUGCGAAGUGAUUCCUGUGUCAGAAUCUGCCUGCGCCCAGAAAAUUAACCUGGACGAACCCAGGUACGACCAGGAAUAUUACUCUGGAAGGGCCAAGCAUUUUUUCCUUACAACGAACCCUUUAAAUUUGUUUGUGGCCAACAAGGAACUGGACGAGGCCAAAUGUCUAAUCCAAAGAUACAAGUGCGGAAAAAUGUUGCCUCGCGGAACUACCGACGACGAUUUGUGGCGCGCAAAAAGCCUAUACGACUCAGCAUUUCAUCCAGAUACUGGAGAAAAAAUGACGCUGAUUGGCCGUAUGUCAGCGCAAGUACCCAUGAACAUGCUAAUUACUGGAGGAAUGAUAACUUUUUACAAAUCGGCACCUGCAGUCGUUUUUUGGCAAUGGCUCAAUCAAAGUUUUAACGCUUUGGUGAAUUACACCAACAGAAGCGGGGAUAUAGUACAAACAGACAAGCAAAUAAUAACUUCUUAUGUUUUUGCUACUACCGGUGCAGUUGGUACGGCUCUUGGACUUAAUGCUUUAGUUAGAAAGAUGCCGCCAUUGGUCGGACGUAUGGUACCAUUUGCAGCAGUCGCUGCAGCUAAUUGCAUCAAUAUUCCUAUGAUGAGAGCACAGGAAUUGAAACAUGGUACUCCAAUUUACGAUAUCAAUGGUAAUAAGUUGGGUUACUCAACAGUGGCCGCCCAGCAAGGCAUUGGACAAGUUAUUCUGAGCAGAAUUGCAAUGGCUCUACCUGGAAUGGUUAUUACUCCAGUCGUAAUGGACUAUUUAGAAAAACGUGGUACCCUUUGCAGAUAUCCAUGGUUAGCGUUACCUACAUCCCUUGGAGUGUUGGGUCUUUGUCUAACGUUUGCUACGCCAUUAGCUUGCGCUUUCUUUAAGCAGAAAGCUAGUUUGCCGUUCUCAAAGUUGGAGAAGGAACUUCAGGAGGAAGUGAAGAAAAAACAUGACAUAACUCAAAUAGAAAGAGUAUACUACAAUAAAGGGUUGUAAUCUCUUCCCUUUCAAGCCCUUACUGAUGGAUAUAGGUUAAAAAAAAUUCUGCCAGUUUCUCAGGGUUGAUAAAUAAAGCUAAUAACAGUUGUGUGGUAUAAAUAUAAUUUUUAAUUUAACUUAAGCCCCAGUUAGUUUGAAAAAAAAUAGGUAUGUAGCAAAUGGACAAUUUCGCAUUCCAUGACAGAAACUAAUAUACCACAAACCUUAAAUUAAUUGAAUCUGGGGGUUAACAUAUCAGUUGACAUUCCAAUCCAAAUGUAGUUAGUUUGUAGUGGUUUAUUAUUUUGCACAAACAUUUAUUUAUUUUUUUAUGAAUUUAAUAUUUAAGCUAAUGUAUCCUAAACAUAGCAAAAUGACAAUAAAAAUAUCUGUUAAUUGUUUAUCUGUUAAAUAAAAAAAAUCUUACUCAA